CCGGAGUCGCGCCCUCGGCCCUCCGCGGGCGGGGUCCUGAGCCCGAGUCUCCCGAGGCCGAGCCGGCGGCCGGGCUUGCGGCGGGGGACGGCCCCCGGGACUGGCCGUCGGCGCGGCGCGAGUGGCUGCAGGCGGCUGGCUGGUGGCCGCGCUGCCCGCACGUUCUCCGGCUUCCUUUUGGCCUGCGGCCUCCCGCGGGGCCCUGGGCUUCGCGUCCCGCCCGCGCAGAGCGGAAACUGGCCGCUCUGUGUCCCUUCCUGGGGGGCGCGGGGCUCCGCACGGGCCCUCCUGGACACCGCGCGCUGCGGGGCCCGGACACGGGUCACCCAGUUCGGACGUGGGUGCAAGUACGGUGCUCCUAGUGGGGAAACUGAGGCAGGGCUAGGUCAGACUCAAGUCGUUUCGCUCCGGAGCCUCACCGUUCGCUCUGCCCGGGUGACGCAGCCCUGCGGGCGGCCGGACCAUACAGGGCCCUGCGGGAGGCGCCGAGCGGGGCAGCAGGCCGUGAGCCAGGAAGGCCCGGGGCCUGGCUCCACCAGUGCCGGUGGGAGCCCCUGCGUUAGGGAGAGGCAGGGCUCUGCGGCUCGCCGUGUGCUUCAGGUCUCUCUGCUUUGGCCCCUGGGAGGGCGGCUUGGCCGGCAGCGGUCAGCGACUGAAAAGGCAAAGGCACUGAGGCCAGGGUGGCCUGGCAGAGUGGUGGUCGCACGAAUCCCCCCUUUGUAACUGCUGGAGAGGGGAGCACCAGCAGACCUGGAGAGCCCUGAGUCCCCACCCCAAUGGCUCUGGCCAGAGCUGGGGUAAUGAUCAUUACCCUUGAGGAGAGCUGUCCCAGGUGAGGGCGGAGGGUCAGAGGGGAGCCCAAGGACCUGCAGGCAGCGGGGAGAGACUGACUGCGUCCCAGGGCCUGUCCUGCCCUCCGCAGCCUGGACUCACUGGCCUGUUUCAGGAACCACCACACACAGCUGGUGCUGGGCUGCCGCGGCCCUGAGGGGUACACUCCCCAGGGUACAGGGGUGGGGGGGGGGAGCGCAGAGCCUCAGGGGCCUUCCCCAGCACCUCCUCGGUGGGCAGCGGCAGGACCAGCAGGUGGCACCAGGCUCUCAUGGUCUCUGCUGGGAGGGCGAGGCUGCCUCCGCCUGACCCCGUGCAAGUUCUUACCCUCCUGAGCCUGGGCCCCAUGGCCUCUGCUCCCUGCCCUGCCCCUCUGCUCUGCUGUCGGAGCUGCACUGGGUGAGGCAGCUACAGCAUGGCUACAGCUGGAGCGUGGCUACAGCUGGAGCGUGGCUAGUCCCCAGCUCACCUUCCCCACACAUCACUUCUGGGCUCCUCCUGCCUCCCCACUGGGGCUGCUGGCUCCUCAUUCACGGCCUCUUCUGGCUGGACCCUGCUCUCUGUAACGUCCCUUGGUCCACCCCCAAGUCCUCACCAUCCUUCGAUCUUCUGGAAGGUUCUUCUCCACUCCAGCCACCUGCGCAGCCGCUCUGCUUGGGGGCGUCAUGCGUGUCUUCCACUCAGCAUGUUCCAAGCGGAGCUCUUGGCUCCCAGAAUCUCUUCCGGCCACAACCCCCAGCUCUGCAGUGGUGCUGUCCUCUAGGGGCUCCAGCCCCCCACCUCGAGGAGUCUGAGCUUGGCCCCACCCUUGUCUGCUCUGGCUCUGCCCGCCAUCUUCCUGCAUUCACCCUGAGCGUCUAUCACAGGAGCAGCCCAGCCUCUGCUCAGCUCUGAGCUCCCCACAGUGGCCAUCCCAGGCCCGCAUGGGGGAGACUCCAGGGAGGGACCUCAAAAGUAGCUGACCUGUGCCUAGAGCAGGGUCUGGCACCAGCUAGGUUGUGCUGGCGGUGUGGACACACCUGCCAAAGGGCACACUUGGGGAGAGCACCUCAGCCCCAGGGGUGGGCGUGCAAGACCACCUGGGAUCCUAUGAGGACUGGACCCAGAGAGCAGUGGGACCUGGUGAGCAAGCUGCUGCGCGUGCACUUCACGGACGGCAAGACCAAAGUGGGCGGGGACGCGCUGCAGCUCAUGGCAGAGCUACUGACAAUCUUCGUUGUGGAAGCGGCUGUCCGCAGUGUCCGGCAGGCCCAGGCAGAAGACCUGGCUCUCGUGGACGUGGACCAGCUGGAGAAGGUGCUGCCUCAGCUGCUUCUGGACUUCUAGGGGCCGCCACCCUCACUGCAGCCUGCUGUCUGAGCUGAGGCGAGGCCCUAUGCCCCAUUUCUGUGGCCUCUGGCUUCAGACAGGGAAGGAGAUGCUGAUGCUGGAGAACCCCCUCUCCAGCCCCCAAGACUGAGUCAGGUCCUGGCAAAUGCCCCACUCCUCCUGGUGACCUACUGCUGACCGCCUGGACACGGAGACUGGGUGGGGGGGUUCGCCGAGGGGACCCAGGGGUGCGGGUGGCUUCCCCUUACACCCACAGGUGUGAGAGAAGGCUGGUGCCAUGAAGCAGCAGGGGCCCGACGCCCCCCCGUCAAAGCUCCCGUGUGACCGUGUAGCUGUCCAAUGCCCUCAGAAGCCGCCUCCCUGAGCUAUCAAUAAACCAUCAAUGCAAGGCA